AUGGAGAAGGCUUCGGAAGAUGAUAAGAAGCUUUCAAGUCGUCGGCUUGUCACCCAUGGGUUCCACUUAGUGAGAGGAAAACUGGAUCAUGGAAUGGAAGACUACAUUGUUGCAGAGAAGAGGCAAAUCAACGGCAAUGAGUUGGGGUUAUAUGCAAUUUUUGAUGGGCACUCUGGUAAACAAGUUGCAGAAUACUUGCACAGCCAUCUAUUAGAUAACAUAUUACAGAAGUCUGAUUUCUGGACCAACCCAAAACGAGCUAUCCAGAGAGCAUACGAAGUUACGGAUGAUGAGAUUUUGGAAAGAGUAGUUGGUUCUCGAGGAGGUUCAACAGCAGUUACAGCAAUAUUAAUCAAUGGAGAGAAGCUAAUUGUAGGCAGUGUUGGCGAUUCUCGUGCAAUAAUAUUUAGAGAAGACUCAGUGGAAGAGAUAACAGUAGAUCAUGAGCCACUGAAAGAGGGAAGCCUGGUUGAGAGCAGAGGAGGAUUUGUGUCCAAAAUUUCAGGGAGUGUUCCCCGGGUGGACGGGCAGUUAGCUAUGGCUAGAGCAUUCGGAGAUGAGAAGCUAAAGGAGCACAUAACUUCAGAACCAGAUGUAGCAAUUGUGAUGAUGGACACUGAUGUAAAAUUCAUUAUCUUGGCAGGUGAUGGCCUGUGGAACGUAAUGUCAAACCAAGAAGCGGCUGACUGCAUUAGAGAGUUGAGGGAUGCUCAAGAAACUUCUGAGGAGUUGAUUAAGGAGGCCUUGUCUAGGGGAAGCCAUGAUGAUAUCUCAUGCGUUGUGGUCGCCGUCCAUUGA